AUGUCAAAGAGGUAUUCGAAUAAUUCGUCAUCAUCAUCGAAUGCAUCAUCUUCUUCUUCACCAAGAACAAUAUUCGAAACAAGUGUUGGUGGAUCCGNCAACACUAAACAAUUUUCCUCUUCACCGACGCAAUUAGUUUUAAAUGUUUCGAAUGACAUUUCGAAUAAUACAACAUCUUCGGAUAAUCAAGAAAUUAAUACAACAAUAACAAAUUCAUCAUCGGAAACACUUUCAGGAAUGGUUCUUGCAGUCCAAAAUGUUUCUCCCUCAUCAAAUCCACUAAAUAUUCUCCAAGCAACCGAACAAGAUUCCAAAGAAACUUUACUUUCGAAUAAUUCUCCCACUUCAUUAAACACUUCAUCAUCAAUAAUCGCAACAUCAACAACCGAUAACAAUCAAACAAAAUCUUCACCCAUCGCCAUUUCUAACAGCACCACUAGCACCACCACAAGUGAAGGAAGUAACAGUUCAUCCCUAACCAAUCAGCAAUCACCCUCAAUUUUACAAUCUAUCAAUUUUAAUCCACCACCUCCACCUAGUUCACCAAUCAUGAUGGGGGGACAAACACCUCCACAGAGACAUCACACGAGGAAUUUGAGCAUGACCAACACGAUAUUGAAUAGUUCACUGAGAGGAUUUGUUCUCUCUGAGAAUAAUGUGAGAUUGCAAAAGGCGAAAAUUACAUUUGGGAAGAGUUUUGAGAGUAAUGUACCGAGUUUGUUUAAUAAUGAGGAGUUGGCUGAUUUUAGGAUUGUGAUGAAACAUUCGAACAAGUUGAAUUUGGGGAAUGUAUUGUCGUGUUGUGAAAAUUCAUCAGACAAGGAAGACAGUUCAUCAACACUACCAAAUUGUUUACAUACCAAUGCAACAGAAGUGGAUUCGUUGCAGGACAAUUUGACAAUCAAGACGAAUGAUAUUCCUCAACUGACCUCAACAACACUCUAUGUUAAUAAGGCAAUUCUAUCACUGUAUAGUCCAUUUUUUAAAGAAAUGAUGUUUGGAAAGAUGAAAACGAAAUGUGAUUUUAUUGAAAUAAUGGAUCAUUCAGUGAUGGAGUGUCCUGAUUUUCAUAAUAAUCAAGAUCAGGAGAACGAUAUAGGAUAUGAGGAUGUGCGAAUUUUCUGUAUAAUGAUCAAGACAAUGUAUACUUUGGAAGUGGAUUGUUUGGAGUGCGAUUCUGCUCCACUGUUGGAGAUUGCUGAUAAGUACAUGUUUGUGGAUUUGGCAUCGAUUUGCGAGGCAUAUCUGGAGAAGAAUUUGAACGAAUUUAAUGUGCUUUCGUGUAUUUUCUUGGAAAAUUCCAAAUAUCAAUCUCUCAAAACAAAGGCCAGCCAAUUCAUAGCCCAGAAAUUCUUUAUCAUAUGCAAGAAUGGUCAAUUGAAUUUAAUUGGAGAUGUUGAAACAGUGCUGAACAUUAUUUCGAGAGAUGACUUGAAUGUGAGAACUGAGGACGAUAUUUUAAAUGCUGCUCUUCUGUGGGUAGAAUACGAUUUCCAAGUGAGAAAGAAAUACUUCCCAACUCUGUUAAAUCAUAUUCGUCUCCAAUACUUGUCUCCUGAAUGUUUGCACUAUUUGAUUUCCAUCCCUGAAAAGUACGUGGCAGAUCUGGAACUGCAAGUCAAGCUUUUAAAGAAGAUUGCCAAGGCAAUGAGCUGUCAACUCAAUACAAUAGUACACAAGGUAGAUAAGGCCAAUCAACAAUUGGCUCUCCAAAAGACAACCACUCAACAACUUGCUGGAAUUGCCAAUAUUAGUACCAGCAAUUUACUUUCUGCUCCAGUGAUGCAUGUAGAACAGAUUUCUGUACUGAGUCCAACCUCGAUCUUUGAUAGCUCUGAAGUAAUUGGAGUAUCUAGCGAUGACGACUUUUUCACAACAAAGCCUCGACACCACGUGAGUGGAAUUGUCAGUGGAUUUGAUCUCCUCAUGACUGGUAAAGAUUUACAAGUUUCCAACGAAGGCAAAACCCUUACCAAGAUUAACAUUGAUGGAUGGUCUGUAAAUUUGUGUGUCGAGCCAAUCAGAUUUGGACAACGUAAAGAAUUCAAUCUCAAAGUUAACAAGACCGCCCAGGGCAUUAUCAACAUUGGUAUUUGCAAAGCUGAUGUGAAUUUGAACGGAAAUCUCAAUUAUGAAAAUGGUUGGUGUUAUUACCUGUACAAUGGUCAUACUUGUCACAAUUUCCACUCACUCCACUAUGAUGAUAAUUUCGGUGGAGGUGGAACGGGAGAUACCUUCAAAGUCCAAGUUGAUUUGAGAACCAAUGGCACUCUCUCAUUUGUAAAGAAUAGUCAACCUUUAGGAAUUGCUUUCCAAGAAAUUGUUAAACGAUUGAAUGGCGAAGAUGAUAUCUUUUACUUUGCUGUUGCCCUCUAUAGUGCUGGAGAUGCUGUUUCCAUCAUUAAUUCUCCAAUUAAAAUGUAA